UAAAAGGCAAGCACACGACGAUGUUGUCAUUUUAUCAUUCUUUGAGUGAUCUUGAGUGAUGGCACCAAAGUCAGGGAAAGGAGAAAAGAAGGCCGGCAAGGCCCGCCGCAUGGGCAAGGAUUCCAAGAGAAGGAGGAGGAGAAAGGAGUCCUUCGGAAUCUACAUCUACAAGGUGCUCAAGCAGGUGCACCCCGACACCGGUGUCUCCAGCAAGGCCAUGGGCAUCAUGAACUCCUUCGUCAAUGAUGUCUUCGAGCGUAUCGCUGGCGAGGCUUCCCGCCUGGCUCACUACAACAAGCGCUCCACCAUCAGCAGCCGGGAGGUCCAGACCGCCGUGCGUCUGCUCCUGCCUGGUGAGCUGGCCAAGCACGCCGUCAGCGAGGGCACCAAGGCCGUCACCAAGUACACCAGCUCCAAGUAAACAACUUCGAACGGCAAAAACCCCGGCCCUUUUCAGGGCCACCAA